GAUGCGAGACCUGUCUUCGAGUACAUCCAGUAUUUGCGCAAUCCGAACGCCCCAAAACCCAAGCUGGUUAUCCUGGAGAAUGUGGGGGGCAUGCUUGCGCCGUUCCGGAACCCGAAGUUCAGUGAGUUCAAGUGCCCGUUGGACUACCUCAUGCGGGGCACCUCCUGCAUCGCCGACCCGAAGACCAAGAAGAAUAAACCCUUCAAGCACGGUUUGGAGUUCUUGCCAGAUUACAAGGCUACCUACUUCACUUUAGACGCGAGGACGGCUGGUCUCCCCAUGCGCCGCCGGCGCGUGUUCAUCUUGCUUGUUCGGGUAGACGUCCUGGAGGCUGCGGAAGUGGACAUCAGCUUCGCUGCAGCGCUUGUCGCACAUAUCAAGACGCGCCCGAUUGAGCGGAAGCCGAUCGACGACUUCAUUACCCCAGAGAUGGUGUUACCCAGCUCAUACAAGAAGGUGAAGGAGGACAGGCAGAGGCUCACAGUGAAAGGAUGGGAGAAGAUCAACGCCGCCAGGUCAAAAAAAGGCACGAAGCUGUUGAAGCUGCCCAAUGGCAAGAAGGUUGGACAGACUGGCGUCUCGCUGUUCGGCAAGUCCGCCUCGAAGGAGGUGUUGAACCAGGUGUCUGAGCGGGAGGUGGAGUCCAUCAACUUCGUCUACGAGCGCCUUGGCAUUGGCAAUAUCCCGGACGAACUCACUAUCAAUAUUAAUGAGAGCACGGGUCGAAACACGACUGGGGUCGGCAACAUCCGCAUGUCGACUGGUUCCAGGAUCUGGUACAAGAAGGGCAACUGCUUGCUCAACCAUGCCACCAUAUUCAAGAUCUUCGGCUGGGACCCGGCGACGAUUACGAUCCCCGACGGCGUGUUCCCCACCGCCCUCAAGCGCCUUCAGGGGAACAUGAUCGCGAUCCCCACCAUUGGGACCGCCCUGAUCGUGGCCAUCGCCUUCUUGCCCGAGCUGUCGGAGUGGCGCAAGGGCCACCCCCUGAACCCCAACAAGGGCAAGCGCGUGGUCAGCCAGGCCGAGUGCGUGGGCGUCUAG